AUGGUUCCUUGUCUCUUCCCAACUGUGGGGAAACAGCCGAGCGGUCGAGCUUCAUGCACCACGGAUACUGAUAAUUCUGCGCCGCAGACCCUACAUGAGACGACGACCUCUGCAUCCGAACUGCCCUCGGCACAUUCCUCCCCUCAAUGGACGGCCGACGCCGACUGCUCGGGUUGCGCUCGUAUGCCUCAACUGCCGCGGGCCUCUGUUUGGGCGCGCUGUGGGAACGGGCCUUGGCCCGAGACGACUCCGUGUUGGCCAUGUAGCUCGGGUACUCCCCACAAAGGGACUCUGCAUACUCUGACCUUAGCGGCGGUGCACGGGAAAAAUCCUCCAAAUAGUUGCUGCAUGACGAUGGGGAUGGCGAGACCUCAUACUUGCUUGGCCACGGUUCUCCCUGAGUAUUGUGGUUUGAGUAGCUGUUUCGGGCUUUGGCAAUGGGCCUGUUUUCACCUAGGGAAAAGAAACGCGUACCAAAUAGGAGCGGAAAACGGACUGGAUCUUCACAGCCGCGGCUUCCUCCACAGCCCCAUCCCUGCCGCACUCGGCCGCCAGCUGAAUCACGGCCGCGGCCGCCUUCGCCGCCGCCGCCGCCGCGUCCGCGGCCGCCGCGGUGGCCACAGCCACCGCCAGGGCGUGCUUUCUCGAGCCGCUCUCCGUCCCAUUGUCGCUUCCGUGAGCGCCGUCCGCCGGAAUCAUCUCAGGGCGGCCCGUCGCAGCGGCGGACGACCGGCGAAAGCUCCACCGCCGCUUCUCCUUGGGCGUGGUCGGCUGCGCAGACGAGACGGGGGUCGUCGGACGAAUAUUAAUGGGAUGAGCAGGAAAGGCAAAGAAGAAGAAGAAGAAGAAGAGGAAACACCCUCGAUUGGACAAAUUACAAAGUCAUAUGAAGAAGAAGAAGAGGAAACACCCUCGAUUGUUUAUACGCUGUAUUAG